CCAGAGGAAGAGGAGGAUAGGACAGGCAACUGGGACCAUGGCUGUGUCGGCCCAGCUGGCCCGGGCCCUCUAUGACAACACAGCGGAAUCUCCAGAGGAACUAUCCUUCAAACGUGGGGAUGUACUCCGAGUGCUACAAGGGGAGGGGGCUGGGGAGCUGCAGGGUUGGUGUCUCUGCUCCCUCCAUGGCCAGCAAGGGAUUGUGCCUGCCAACCGAGUGAAGCUUCUGCCCUCUGGCCCCAGCCCUGAGUCCAGCCUUUAUCAGGUGCCUCCUACUCCCCAAAGCACACCUGAUCCAGUCCCUGGGCCUGGUCAUGCAGAACAGGAGGUAUAUGUGAUACCCCCACCACCUCGGCCCUGUUCUGCCCCACGACCUUCACCCGGGCCCUGCCCACCAUCCCCGGAUGCCAUCUACAAGGUCCCCAGAAGUAGUGGGACACAAAUAGAUGCCCCUGGAGAUACUCGAGAGGUUUAUGAUGUACCCUCCACUGCUCUUCGAGUUUCCCCCAAUGACCCCUAUGACUCCCCAGUUCCUUUCCCCCGCCCCUUACCCCGAGCAUCCACUCAGCUCCCUGGAGAAGGUGAUGCCCCCUAUGAUGUCCCUCCAGCUCUGAAGCCAUCUCCUGAGCCCGACCUGGAGUGGGAGGGGGGCCGGGAAUCAGAGCCCCCCCUCUACGCAGCCCCCUCCAACCUGAAGCGGGCCUCAGCCCUGCUCAAUUUGUAUGAGGCACCAGAAGAACUUCUGGGAGAGGGCACGUCCACCAGCAGCGACGAAGCCAUCUAUGAUGUGCCCCUGCUCGGUCCUGAGGAACCACCGCCUCCUAGACCUCCUAGUCCCCCUGGUUCCAAUCCUGCCCCGAAUGAUCUCGAGACCCUAGCCCUGCUCCUGGCCCGGAGCCCACCUCCACCUCCUCGGCCCAGGCUCCCCUCUACUGAGAGCCUGUCCCGGCGUCCAUUGCCUGCCCUGCCUGUCCAGGAACUCUCAACCCCAUCUCCUGUCCCCUCUCCUGCCUCUGGCCGAAAAGGCAGCAUCCAGGAUCGGCCACUGCCCCCGCCACCUCCCCAUGUGCCCAGCUAUAUGGGACUCAAAACUGAGGGAGACGAGGAGGGAAGAGUGGGUGAUACAGGGCCAAGGACAGCCGACCACCACAAUGAGUAUGAGGGCAUCCCCCUGGGCGAGGAGUAUGACUACGUUCAUCUCAAGGAGGCCCCGACCCCAGGGGAGCCCCUCCAUCUGCCUUCCGGCGACCUGCAGCUAUUACACUUCUAUGCUGGACAGUGCCAGAGCCAUUACUCAGCUCUGCAGGCGGCCGUGGCAGCCCUGCUGGCCAGUACGAGAGCCAACCAUCCCCCUCGCCUCUUUGUGCCCCACAGCAAACGAGUGGUAGUGGCAGCUCAUCGGCUGGUAUUUGUAGGGGACACCCUGGGCCGAUUGGCUGCAUCAGCCCCUUUACGUGCCCAGGUUGGUACAGCUGGGGCCGCUCUGGGUCAGGCACUACGGGCCGCUGUGCUGGCUGUCAAGGGUGCUGCCCUAGGAUACCCCUCAGGUCCUGCUGCUCGAGAGAUGACCCAGAGGGUGGCUGAGCUGGCUGGACAAGCAUUGCAAUUCACCACCCUGCUCAGUGGCCUAGCGCCUUGAGCAUCACACCUCCCUACCUGCUGGACUCCCUCCAUACCCCUCCCCCCCCAUGACUCCCACCCUAUUCCAAUCCAUCCUAGAAUUCCCUCCCCAGCCUGAAAUGACCAACUCCUCCCCUGUCUUCUGGAGACCUCAGGGAGGUCCCUAACCCUGUCAGCCCACCCCACCCCACCCCCCAUGG